CUGAAGAAUAACCCAUCUUACUUCCGGUGUUUUCCCAUCGCUCUUGGCUGCGGUCAGCUCCUCUAAUGAGACUUUGUUCAUUUGCCGCCUCACAGCGACUAACAAGCGAGGACAUCGUUGUUUGCGAUUGUCAGGGCAGGCUGGGAUGCAGCAGCUCUGCAGCCUCCGCAGGCUCACUUCAUCCCAGCAGCAGCAGCAGCAGCACAAGCCCAACGGACGAGGACGAGCGUCAGUCUGGUUGUGGAGCUGCUGCCGGACCUGAUAGGAGGCCUCGCCCGGGCAGGAGGACAUCAACAAAGGUGCAGAUAGGCUCUACUCAAAGCUGACAUCAUGGCCAUCAUCCUGUGAAGCGCUCUAGACUCGGACCCAGAGGACACAAUAAUGACGGAGCGUGAGGAGGCCGAGUUGUCCGCGUCCCUUCACAAGGAGGACGGCCUGUCCAGCGAGACGGAGGAGCCAGGUACGAACGUCACAUGUCAAAGUGUUCCCGUGUUAAACCCAGCGCCGCCUCCAGGGGAAACCUUACUGUCUCCUUCGGUGUCCGUCAUGGCAGAGGAGAGCUCAGAGUUCAUCCAGCCGCCCGCCAACGUGGACGCCGUCGACUGCGCGUCCCGGUCCAAGUACUUGCCCAAGGCGGGCAAGUCGGCGCUCAACCGGCCCGGUUCAUACACUGAGACGUCGGCGGUGCGGCGUAACAAGAAGGUGGCGAGGAGAAAGCCUGUGGGCUACUUGUCCUCCAGGCUGGCUCAGCUCGGCGUGCCUAGCAGGAAGUACCUGGCGCUCAUCCUGCAGGACUCGCGCUGCUUCCUGUUCUGCAUGUGCUACUUGACUUUCAUCCAGUCCCUCAUGGUGUCCGGCUACCUCAGCAGUGUCAUCACCACCAUCGAGAAGCGCUAUAGCCUCAGGAGCUCAGAGUCAGGCCUCCUGGUCAGCUGCUUCGACAUCGGCAGCCUUCUGGUGGUCGUCUUCAUCAGCUACUUUGGCGGGCGGGGCCAGAGGCCACGCUGGCUGGCGGUGGGUGGGGUCUUCAUUGCUGUGGGCGCCGCCCUCUUCUCCUUACCUCACUUCAUCUCCCAGCCCUACCAGAUCCAGGAAGUCAACUCAUCCUUGGCCAAUGAGGGUCUGUGCAUGAACAGCAACGCCAGUGGCAGGGACCGAGUGGACAUCACUUCCUGUCCCAGGGACCAGGAGGGCAAUGAACACAACCUCUAUGUGGCGCUCUUCAUCAUCGCGCAGAUUCUGGUUGGCAUGGGCUCCACGCCCAUCUACACCCUGGGCCCCACCUACCUGGACGACAACGUCAAGAAAGAGAACGCCUCGCUCUAUCUAGCCAUCAUGUACGUGAUGGGAGCGCUGGGCCCGGCCGCCGGCUACCUGUUGGGUGGCGUCCUCAUCGGCUUCUACGUGGACCCCAAAACUGCGGUCAACAUUGACCAGAGCGACCCCCGCUUCAUCGGAAACUGGUGGAGCGGUUUCCUGCUGUGUGCCGUGGCCAUGCUGCUGGUCAUCUUCCCCAUGUUCACCUUCCCUAAGAAGCUGCCGCCCCGACACAAGAAGAAGAAGAGGAGGAAAAAGCUGAGUUUGGACGAGCUGUCCAGCGAUGAUGACGUCCUGAAGGAGAAGAGCAACAACAGCAAGAGCCAAGGGGUCACCUCGUCCAUGGGCUUUGGGAGGGACAUCAAAGACCUUCCCAAGGCGGCCGUGAGGAUCCUGAGCAACGUCACCUUCUUGUUUGUCAGUCUGUCCUACACGGCCGAGAGUGCCAUUGUCACCGCCUUCAUCACCUUCAUCCCCAAGUUCAUCGAGUCGCAAUUCGGCAUCCCUGCCUCCAGCGCCAGCAUCUACACAGGCCUGAUCAUCGUGCCAAGCGCGGGUGUGGGCAUCGUGCUGGGCGGCUACAUCAUCAAAAAGCUCAAACUGGGCGCCCGCGAGUCAGCCAAGCUCGCCAUGAUCUGUAGCGGCGUGUCUCUGCUCUGCUUCUCCACGCUCUUCAUCGUGGGCUGCGACAGCAUCAACCUCGGUGGGAUCAACAUACCAUACACCACAGGGCCGACGCUGACCAUGACACAGAGGAACCUGACGGGAGGUUGCAACGUCAACUGCGGCUGCAGAAUCCACGAGUACGCUCCGGUCUGCGGCUCCGACGGCAUCACAUACUUCAACCCCUGCCUGGCCGGCUGCGGCAGCGUUUCUAACGACAGCAGCGGCGUUCGUAACUACUCAGACUGCGCCUGCGUCCAGAGCCGCCAGGUCAUCACGCCGUCGUCCAGCGGGCCGGGCGGCAACCAGCUGCAAUUGGUCAUCGUCAAGACAUACCUCAACGAGAACGGAUACGCCGUGUCUGGGAAGUGCGACCGCACCUGCAGCACCCUCAUUCCCUUCCUAAUCUUCCUCUUCAUCGUCACGCUCAUCACCGCCUGCGCUCAGCCCUCCGCCAUCAUCGUCACCCUCAGGUCGGUCGCUGAGCAAGAGAGACCGUUUGCUUUGGGGAUGCAGUUUGUCCUCCUCAGGACUCUUGCCUACAUCCCGACUCCCAUUUACUUUGGCGCCGUGAUCGACACCACGUGCAUGUUGUGGCAGCAGGACUGCGGCGUGCACGGCUCGUGUUGGGAGUAUGACGUGACGUCGUUGCGCUUCGUGUACUUCGGCCUGGCCGCCAGCCUCAAGUUCCUGGGCUUCAUCUUCAUCUUCCUGACGUGGUACUCCAUCAAGUAUAGGGAGGAGCGCGUGGAGCGCUGGCUGAAGCACCACCUGUCGCCCGUUGACACGGUGGGCAGUCUUGUGUGUCACCCGGGGGGCCACAAGGGCCAUGCCCGCACACGCUCCUGCCCCGUCAACAUACCCAGGAGCGACCACGCCGUUCACCCUGCUGGCAUCCCGCCACGCGCCGGAGUCCUCAACCGUGGUGUCAGCACUCAGAGUUGCCCAGGAAAUGAGUUGAAAGCAAUAACCCCGCCCCCUCCCGCCGUUGUACCUCCACCUGCCCCGGCCCGCUCUUUGGAGCACGUCUCAGUCCGGGUCUGACUUUCACUUUUAAGAGGCGGACCAGAAGCCAAUCAGCUCCGGACCUAAGGGGCAGUGGGCGGUGCCAACGAUGGCGAGGGAGCCUCGUCCUGAUGGAUCUCUGCUUAUUGAGCCGCCAUGGCGUCCAUUGCUCUUGAUGCUCCGCCCCCUUCAACUGGGCUUCAUGUGCCUUGUGUCACCUCACAGCGCCCGCACUCCCUCUGGUGGACUGUGGCCCCGCCUACACAUACCUCAAUUCAAACUGCCCCCACACCUUUGCCCCCACCCCUUUUCCCUGCUGCAUUUGGUUCCGUCACCUUGAAGACUGGCGAGGACUUGACGGCCAUUUUGAAGACUCUUAACUGACUGGCUAUGAAGCUCCAUCCCCACCAUCCCUGCCUGACACAAUGACAUAAUGGCACAAUGAAGGCAGGAAGUGUUACACACACACGUGAGGAGAUUAAUGGUUGAACCUGGAAAAAAAAGUGAAUGUUUUAGUAUUCCUGUCCAUCCUCUUUUUGAUUCACUUCCUGUCGUCUUCACGGGCACAUACACGCACGGUUUAUUAACUCGCUGGCGUUCGUCAAAUCUGGGCGUCACAAGCCGCAGGGUCACUAAAGUAGGUGCUGUCACACUCUGGCUAGCUGGUCUUUAUCAAAAACACAUCCUCUGCUGAUUGGUUGAGCUGCCUUGACGUCACAUUAUGCAGCAUUCAGUCAGUCUUGCCCAUGUGGCGACACCUGCUGGUAACACGUACAACUGCAACUAAAAAACAUGCUGUGUCUCAAAUGGAAUACUUGUGUCAGUACACUUCAGUAAGUAUGCUGUGUACACUGCGUGCUUAGUUUCUGAUUGUGUGAAUUGUGACAGCGUACAAUAGUACUGUCACAAAUCCAUUACUGUUAUUGUAGCGGAAUUGACGACAAUAAUAGUUACCUUCUCUUCUUUUUAUGGUGAAUUGCAGCCGCUGAAGUUAGUCCACCCCCCUUCCACUACGUUACCAAGAUGGCGUCUAUUGAGGGUGCUGAGUGUCCAGCGCUGAGCACUCACUAUCUUGACGACAGUGACAUGCACUCAAGAAAUUGUAAUGUAUGUAAGUACAUACUUAUGCACUCAAGUGACUUAGUGUAAGUACACACUUGGCACUCAAGUGACUAAGUACAUACGUAUACACUCAAGAGACUAAGUGUUAAGUACACGAUUGUGUACUUAAGACUUAAGUUCAAGUACACACUUGGGCACCCAAAACAGUGAAUGUACAGUCAAAGACUAAGUGUACAAUAAGUUAUACAGUCAAAGGACUACGUGUAAGUGCACACUUGUGUACACAAUAGGUUUACGUAAACACUUAUGCACCCAAACGAGUGAGCGGAAGUACACGCGUAUGCACUCAAAAGACUAAAUCUAAGUUGACUAGGGGAAAGUACGCACUUAUGCACGGAAACGACUUAAGUGUGACUAAGUACACACACUGGUGUACGCACACACUUACGCACUCAAAAGAGUUGAGUUUAAGUAGACCCUUGUGUGCUCAAGACUCAGUGUACAGUAAGUGCACACUUAUGCACUAAAAAUACUAAUUGUAAGUACACUUAUGUAUGCAUAAGACUAGGUGUAAGUACACACUUGUGUACUUAAGACUGUGUACUGUAGGUACACACUUAUGCAGUCAAUGGACUUAAGUGUAAGUACUCACUUGUGCACUCAAAAGGCCUAAGUGUAAGUAUGCACUUAAAAGAAAAGUGAAAGUACAAACUUAUGCAUUCAAGAAGCUGAGUAAAAAUACACGUAUGCACUCAAAAGACUAAAUGAAAGUAUGCACUCAAGAAGCAAAGUGAAAGUACACACUUAUGCACUCAAAAGACUAAGUGCAAGUACACAAGUGCACCAGUUGAGACACAGCCUGAGACUUUGUGUCUUUCACAAGUCACGAAUGAUUCGAUGAGAGCAUUUCCGUGUAAAAGAAGUAAGACAGACAUCAUUCCUAGUUUCCCGCCAAAAUGAGUCAUGUGACCAUCAGGCUAAUGAACAUACGGCGCUAGAAGCAAUUUCGAAUCAAAAUUUUUAUUCUUAUCAGUAUUGUUUCUUUUACAAGAUCAUGUCUUCUUGGUCUGUCAGUAAAAUGUGAACAAAGAAUAAAAGU